UUUACAAUUACAUAGUUGAAUAAUUUUGUUGUUUUUGUUAUUUUCAAAAUGGCAACUAAAAGUAUUGACCAAGAAAUGAAACAUACUCUAAAUCAAAACGAAGGUCACCCCAUGGUGAAGUAUCUAGGAAAUGCAAAGCUGACACAAGUAUUUGGAAACAAAAUAUAAGAAAAAUGCAACGUCAGUCGGGUAAAACUUAUAAAAAUUCGAUAGGUAAACAAGUGCCAGAAAGAUCUAAUGUAAUGCUAAAAAAGUUGCAGUAAUUGUAAAUUCAAAUGCUCUACUUAUUUAAGUGAGAUCGUGCGUCAAGUUAUAUUUGAUAACUUUUGGACCUUAGAUGAUGACGGUAAAAAACAUUUCUAUUCAAAACUUACGAAAAAUCUGGAGAAAAAACGCUGUCGAACAGCUGCUGGUGAAAGUUCUAGAAGAAAAAUGUCUUAUUAUUAUAACUUCUUUGUUUCUAAUACACAAUAUAAAGUUUGUAAAUCCUACUAUCUUUCAACAUUGAGUAUUAGUAGCCAAAGAAUUUUUUACAUUCACAAAUUUAAUAAAUGCAUAACUACUGAAACACCUAUGCAAUCAAAAUGUGGAAGACAUGUGAAAAAAAGCUUACCACAAGAUUCUAAAAAAGUUGUACGAGACCAUAUAAACCUUUUCCCAAGAAUUGAGGCUCAUUACUGCAGGAAAAAGACGCAUAAAGAAUAUAUGGAAGGAUCACUCAAUAUAGGUAAACUGUAUGAUCUUUUUAAAGUAUAUUGUGAUGAAAAUGGCUAUACACCAGUAAAAGAACAUAUUUAUCGUUAUAUCUUCAAUCACGAGUUUAACAUAGAAUUUCAAAAGCCAAAGAAAGAUUUAUGUUAUACAUGCUAUGAAUAUUGCAACAUUGUGAAUGCAAGCAAUGAGCAGACAGUUAGUUAUAAUAAGCACAUAACAUCAAAGAAUGAUACCAAAACUGAAUGUGAAAAAGAUCGUCAAAAUGUUGAUCCUAAAACAGCAAUUGUUUGUAUUGAUUUUAAAAAUGUUUUAAGUUUUCCUCGAGCUAAUUUUGGUAACUUUUGUUACAAACGGAAACUUUCAAAUUAUAACUUAACUGGUCAUUGUUCACUUAACAAGAAAGGUUAUUGCAUCCUUUGGCAUGAAGCUAUGGCUGGUCGUGGAAGAAAUGAUCUUGCCAGUGCUGUAAAGUGUCUGCUUUUAAAAAUCAUUGAUGACCUUGAUAUAAAUAUGUUCAUACUUUGGUUCGAUUCAUGUUUACCACAAAACCGCAAUAGUUUUAUGUCAGCAGCUUUACAUGAAUUUGUUAUACGAUACCCACAAAUAAAAGUCAUUGAGCAGAAGUUCUGUGAGCCAGGUCACUCCAGCAUUCAAGAAUGUGAUGACAUUCAUAGUCAAAUUGAAAAAUCUCUCUCUGUUGCAGAAAUAUUUAGUCCACUUGGACUAGAAAGAGCUAUUAAAAAUGUAAACCAUAAAAAACCAUUCUCUGUUUACCAAAUGUAAUUAGUAGAUGUGAAGAAUUUUUCAAUUACUGCUGGGUUGUCAAGUUAUAAGUUAGUGCCUUAUACAAGAGUUAAAAAUCUUGUUUAUUGAAAUGGACUGCCGCACCAUGUUUUUUUUAAAACCUCAUUUUCAGAUAAUUAUUCAUAAGCACGUGUUAAUAAGUCUAUCAAGCAAGCAACAUCAAGCAUUAUUGUUAAACCAUUAAAGAUAAAUAUACCAAUGGCAGCUUGCUUACAUGUUCCUUUUCAGCCUUUAUCUGCUGAAAAAGCCAAUGAUAUUAUUUCCAUGUAUUCAUACAUGCCUGCUGUUGAUAUUGCGUUUUACAAAGCAUUAAUAAAGUGAACUUUUUUAUAUAUGACUCUCUCUGUUAUUUUUAUAUAUAUUGAUAUAUAAAAUAUAAGGUUUAUAUUAUUUUGAAAUCUUGAUAAAAUUCCUUGUUAAGCUUGUUAUUUAUAAUAGUUUUUAAUAAAUAGUUGCAAUGGAAUCACAGGUAUAAGAAAAAUAAAAUCAAGUUUA